AUAUUUUAUUUGCAAUGAAAAUCAUCUACAUCUACGCUGUAAUUUUAUGAAAAUAAUAUCGCUUAUUUGUAUAACAGGUGUUGAAAUAAAUCAGGCUACUCCACUCAGAUGUCAAAGAUGCUCUAGAAAGGGAUGUCAUCUAGUUCAAAACUGUUCAGAAACCGCAGAAUAUAGGUGUAUUGGGGUUCCAACAACGACUCAAAACACCCAAUCAAUCGAGAUUUCGAAAACAAUCAGGAACCAUUCAACCACAUCUGUAUCAAAAACCAAACCAAUUUACACAAAAAAUACGCCUUCUUCUAUUUCGAAGAAACGAACAUCUCUCAAGAAAAUAACAUUAGCGAAACCCACCCUUCAAACAAAAGUUACCAUUCAAACUGAAGCAUCGGAUGCAGAAAAAGAGCCAAAUAUCUACAUACUAAUACCCAUUAGUGUUAUUCUUCCCAUCCUUUUGAUGGUUACACUAGUGAUGAUAAUCAUUCUCAGGCGGAGAAAAUGUGGCGAAGAAGAUAUUGUCCAAAUAAAGGAGCUACAGCAGGAUGAUACAAAUCAAUAUGCACAAGUAGACAAGACAAGGAACAAGGAAAACUUUACAUUUGAACCACAGUCGAAGAACCCCGAGAAUUUAGAGGUUACGAAAGAGUUAAGACCAAACACUCUCGAUAUUGAUAAAGAGGACGGAGUCUAUGAUCAUCUUGGAGAAUCAGAAUUCAGGGGAAUAAUAAAGGAAGACACCUAUGAUCAUGCAAGCUUUGUGGUAGUUAGAGGAGAUUGUGAUUAUGAUAACACACAGAGUAUUAAAAGACAGGAAGAGGAAAGUACCUACGAUCAUUCCAUGGUAAUUCGUUCUGAUGGGUGAAAUGCUGGCCAUUAUUAUGAAUUUAACGUGUCUGAUGAAAGUUCUUGCAAAACGACAAGUGAAAAUGUCAGAACAUAACAUGUGAUAUUCUUUUGAAUAACAGUUCCACAAAUUUAAGGAAUUAAAU